UUACCACUACCAGCCCCCCCCCCCCAAAAGCAGAGCCCAUUCGCAAUAGAAAAAAACCACUUCCCUUCUCUUCCCUCUUCACUGCCCGCUUGCACUUUCUAUUUCUUGAUCGACGUGGAGAGUCGAAGCUUUCGGUGAAUCCCCCACCAGGCUAAUUCUUGAUUUCAAGAUUGCAAGGUGAUCGAUCUAGCUAAAAACCCUUCGGCACCUGAAUCAAAACGAGAGAGAGAGAGGGCGGGAGAAGCCGACGCCGGCCGCAGCUAGUCGCCGCAAGUGAUACAUACGUAUAUCUCCAUCAGCAAAAGCUGGUAGCAUGAAAAGUGAAUUGCCAUUUGUUUCUUUUCAAGUUAAUUAAUCUUUGGUUUUAGACCUGGGAAAAUGUCCAGUGGAGAGGUUAGAAAGGUCUCACGGGAAGACAUACAACUGGUGCAAAAUCUAAUAGAGAGAUGUCUACAACUUUACAUGAGCCAAAAAGAAGUUGUGAAUACUCUCUCAGUUCAGGCAAAGAUAGAGCCGGGUUUUACACAACUUGUUUGGCAGAAGCUUGAAGAAGAAAACCGGGAGUUUUUCAGUGCAUAUUAUCUAAGAUUGGUCGUGAAGGAACAAAUAACAGAAUUCAAUAGGUUGCUUGAGAGGCAAGUUGAGUUGAUGCGCCAGAUAUGUCCAGCUGGUGUUGCUUCUGUACCUAUUUCUAAUGGAUCUCAUAUGCCAAUGCACCAGGAUUCUGCUUGCUACCCUCCAGAUCAUAGUGGAUCUGUUAUGAAGGCAGAUAACAUGCACCAGGCUAUUGGUUCAAGUUUACAGAAUGCAUUCCCUAAUGGUGGGCCAUCACUGCAGCAGUGCAUGACAAAUGCUGUUGAUAUGUCUGCUCAUGCUGGAACAAUCGAUGUUUCAGCAAACAUGCUUUUGGCUCAGAGCUCAAAUGUGGGAAUGAUGGAAGGCAUUAAUGGGGGGAUGAUAAAGUCCGAAGGUAGUUUUGGAGUCAGUUCUCCUUACAUGUAUGGAAGUGGUAGUGGUGUCCUCGAAGCACGUGCUGGAAUUGGAGAUGCAUCUGUCUCACCUUUUGGUCGUGUUGAAUCCAGCUCACAACCCCUAAAUGAAUCCCUCCUUGAUACUGAUGCUUCCCCAUUUGGAUUUCUAGGGCAGAUUCCUCGAGCAUUCAGUUUUUCAGACUUGACUGCUGGCUUUUCUAAUAGUUCUGAUAUAUUAGAGAGCUACUCUAGGUCGCCCUUCCUGGAAACAGAUACAAACAGCUUCUUGGAUCCUCAUGGCAGGGGAGAACAUCAAGGAGACAAUAAGAGGUUGGACACGAUAUCUGAAGGCUUGAGUUAUGAAGAUUUUGGCAGUGAAUGAUUUGAGUUAUCCAAUGGACUUAUGCAGAAUGCUAGUCGGAAAUUUUUGUAAAUAUAGCGCUUAUUAGAAAUUGGAGAGGCACCAGAAUUUUGAGCUUACAAUUUGGAGUGUGAUGGUGUGGGAAGGCGUUGGAGAAAUGGAACAAAAGCAGAACAUGUUUCUCUGAGACUAUAUUAGGCUUCUCUUAACAAAUAUAAAAAUGAUGUUUACAUCUCUGUUUGGAUGAAAGAGGAGUGAUAUCGUUUUUAUGGUGAUGGAAAUUGCAGGAGCAUAUGUGGUUUCGUUUGGAAAAAGAAUAGUAGGUUUUAUUGAUGCCCAUCUCCGUUUGGCAUCAAUUCUUCUCAUAAGCCCCUUCAGUAUGGAACCCAUGUUACAUUCUAUUACCCAUUUAGAUGAGUCUAUCAUUUACAUUACUGCAAGCAUAUCUCUUGCGAUGUCUUGCUUAUUUUUGUAUAUGUUUCUUGUCAUCUUAUGGAAAGUUCACUGGUGCCGGAGACUGCCUGUUUUUUGCUUUUGGC